GGCCGCGCAGCCAGCGCCGCGGUCCCCCUGUCGGGAUCUGCGGGAAUGUGGGCUGGAGCUGUCCUGCCGCGGUACCAGCCUCCCGCCCGCCGCCGGGACUGCCCCUGACCCAGGCGCGCCCGCUGCUCGGUGCAGGAGGGCCGGCCGAGCGCCAUGGCCUGCAUCCUGAAGAGGAAGUCUGCCCUUGCAGUGAGCUUCCUAGCAGCCCUCCUCCUCCUGCUGAUCGUGCGCCUUGUCAAUGAAGUCAACUUCCCAUUGCUGCUGAACUGCUUCAGACAACCUGGCACCAAGUGGACACCCUUCUCUUACUCAUACAGGCGGCCCCUUCGAACUCACUACGGAUACAUAAACGUGAGGACACAAGAGCCUUUGCAACUGGACUGUGAUCUUUGUGCCAUUGUGUCCAACUCAGGCCAGAUGGUUGGCCAGAAGGUGGGGGAUGAGAUAGAUCAGUCCUCCUGCAUUUGGAGAAUGAACAACGCCCCCACCAAAGGUUAUGAAGAAGAUGUUGGCCACAUGACGAUGAUUCGAGUUGUGUCCCAUACGAGUGUUCCACUUUUGCUAAAAAACCCUGAUUAUUUUUUCAAGGAAGCAAACACCACCAUUUAUGUUAUUUGGGGCCCUUUCCGUAACAUGAGGAAAGACGGCAAUGGAAUUGUUUACAACAUGUUGAAAAAGACUGUUGACGUCUAUCCGAGUGCCCGAAUUUACGUGACCACAGAGAAGCGCAUGAGUCACUGCGAUGGAGUUUUUAAGAAGGAGACUGGGAAAGACCGAGUCCAGUCUGGCUCGUACCUCAGCACUGGGUGGUUCACCUUCAUCCUGGCCAUGGACGCCUGCUCUGGCAUUCACGUCUACGGGAUGAUAAACGACACCUACUGCACGACAGAAGGAUAUAGAAAAGUCCCCUACCAUUACUAUGAACAGGGAAGAGAUGAGUGUGAUGAAUAUUUUCUUCAUGAACACGCCCCAUAUGGGGGACACAGGUUUAUCACUGAAAAGAAAGUAUUUGCUAAAUGGGCAAAGAAACACAGGAUAAUAUUUACACACCCAAACUGGACAGUGUCUUGAUGUCGGUCUUUCAGAUCUUGCCACAUCAUUUGACAUGAUCAUGGUACUCAUGAAACCACACCUGUGAUGCUGAUGCUGUUCAUAAGAUGACAGUGGUGACACAGAUAAUAAUGAUGGUGAUCACGUUCCUGGACAUUCUCAGACAUGGAUGAUGACUCUGCUAGUAAUUUAACCUUGGGGUUUUGUGGAGGGUGGUUAUGCUCAUUAUGUUCUUUCUGAAGGUCCAACACUAUAUACUGCACUUUAUAAUUUAACUGGAAUGGAAAUGAAGGCCAGUGAUGUGACAACUGUGACCUAAGAAAUGGGAAGUGUAUCCUAUAAGAUAGCUGCCCGGAAAUGUUAAACAGUGACUAACCCCUAAAAGCCAUGGGAUUUGGCCUCAUGAAGCAAGGUUAUUAACUCAGUGGCUUCUGGAACCUGGGCAGCCCUACCAUCUUGAAAAAUGGUUGAUUGUCAAACACUGACCCUAGAAAUGUUAUCAGGGUACAAGUAUCUUACCAUAGUUACUAGUUAGCCUGGAGAAGGGAAAGUAUCUCUUCCUGAUACACCAUCUUCCUUCAGUAGUUCUACAACUAAAGCCUCAAGCUAUUACCUAAUUAACAAUGAAGAAAUCAUGGACAUCUGACCCAUCAAGAUUACUUGACUAUCUCAAAUAAUUAACUCAAAAUGGGCCAACUUAGGUAAUCUUGAAGAAUUUCCUCUCUUACCAUUCAUUCUUACUUCUCCAAGCAAUAGAACUAAACAUGUUCAUAGAAUGAUCUAUAUUAAUGUUUAGUUAUUUGGGGUUGAUCCCUAAAUAUUUCGAGAGUCAAUUUAACACGUAAGAUACCAACUGCAACACUGUAAUAACAUAUACUGUGAAGACAUACCUAAAACAUAACCAAAGGGUUCAUUAACUCUGCUUCAACAUCCAACAACGCAAACACAUGAGUGCUUUUUAAAAUCACGAAACAGGGAAAGCAAAGCAUAUUUUUACAUCAACUUGUAUCCUAUCAUAUUUCUUAGUGUAGAUUUGUAUAUUCAAGUUUCUAUUUUAUAAGCCCAAGGUGCAUCUCUCUAUCUACCACAUUACCAUUGCCAAGUGCCAGCUAUUAGACGUGGAGAGGAAAUGAUUCCUCAUAUUGAAUCUGACCAGAGCUUUUGCCUUCUAGGGAUUUGAAUUUCCCCAUAGCAUGUCAGUUGUUAGACCAUAAUAACGAUAAUAAUGAUGACCUUAAUGUCCAAAGUGCUUUGUCAUUUACAGUCCUCUUUCAUCUGCUAAACCACAUGAUGCCCGUGACUGCCUCACUGGGCUAUUUAUUGCUGGCUCAGUCUGCCAUCUCUUUAGCAGGUGAUGUGUGUAAUGUGUUAAUUGUUCUGAUAUCUCUGAGAUCAUUCUAUUUGCUAAUAUUUGUAUAGAAUAGCAUUUAUGUAGACUAGUCAUCAACUUAUUUCAGUGCCAAAUACAACAUAUUAUAUCAGGAUUAUGUAAAAAAGUACCACACAGGAUGGUCUUGGUCAUAUACUAGGACCCUCAUGAACUUAACUAGAUGUGACUUUUUAAAAAACAGUCCUAAACUAGAUGUACAGAUAGCUUUCCUUUUUUUUAAUGGCUCCAUGUAGGUGGGGAAAGAUGAAGAAGCAGGGACAGCAGUAGGGAAUGAAAGUGGAGACAUAGAAUUUCCUAUCCCAGGUUUGAGACCAUUCUGUUUUCCAUGUACUUAGUGCUCAUUGAAUAUUAAAGAGUUGAUUUGCUGAGAGAGUAGCUGUGAGUUCAAAAACACCCUUGCAGAAUGAUCCAGUAAACAAAAGCCAGGCUCAACUUACAAAGUGUUUUGAAAGCUGGAAGUAAUGAUGCAUUUCGCUUCACAAGUACUUUGUAGGUCUUCACCACUGCUGAGUAUCAUGGCGAGUUAUCAAUAAAAUACACCAUCUUGUAUAAAAGCCUCUUCCCUGCUCUCUUCCGCCAUUUUGAUACCUCGAUAGUCAUAUCCAUUGCCAAGCCCCAGUUCUAUUCUUGGAGGGGGUUGUUAUUCUUUUGUUGUUUCCUUAUGUGAUUUUCAGUUUGAUGUAUGUUAGUUUUAUUUUUGAGCUAAUGAUGGAUAAAAAUGCCCCACUCAAGAAAAAUAGAUUCAAAUGUUAAAAUGAUAAUAUAGACUGUUUUUCCUCCUGUUGUGAUACAGAUGUUCCACUUUUAAAUAAAAAGGAAUCCU